UGGGAAUGGUACAUCAUUACAACCCACUAUUACUACUACAAUUACUGCGAAACAUCAAUUGGUCAAAUUGAACAUAAUGCGCGAAGCGCUUUUUCUCAGGACGGCUGGGGAUGCCAACAUGUUAACCAAGAUACUAACUGGGAGGUGCCUAGCUCACCCGAACCGACCAAUAAGGAUCAAUCAGGGCCUCCAAUCUGGAAACCCAACAUCAAUAAUGGCACCGAUUUAUGGGAAUCGAAUUUACGAAACGGAGGCCAACCGCCCGCACAACAAGUACCAAAGCCAUCGUGGGGUCACACUCCAUCAUCAAAUUUGGGUGGGACUUGGGGUGAGGACGAUGAUGGUGCGGAUACAUCAAGCGUGUGGACGGGUCAAUCGACAGGUAACACAACAGCAUCAGCUGGAACAACUGUGGUUGGAGUAAGUGCUGCAAGCGUUGGACCAUCAGCUUCUGGCCCGCAAUGGGGACAGAACGUUGUCGGGGUUGGCGUCAAUGUCGGAUUGGGAUCAUCUGGUAAUAAUAGUAGCGCCACAUCUGGAACAUUGCCUGCAGUGAGUGCAGGAUGUGGAAGUGGCGGAAACAAUAUUACGGCACCGGGAACAGUUGGAGGCAAUGUUGGUAAUGGUGGUAAUGGAUGGGGAGAUCCCCGCGAAAUUCGUCCACUGGGUGGAGGAGGUGGUCCCAUGGAUAUACGAAAUGUGGAUCCGCGUGGGGGUGAUCCACGCGAUUUACGCAUGAUUGAUCCACGUGAUCCGAUUCGAGGUGAUCCACGCGGCAUAUCAGGACGUCUUAAUGGUACAUCCGAAAUGUGGGGACACCAUCAGCCAAUGGCUCACAAUCAGCAACUGCAGUCGCAGAUUAACAAAAUGGUGGGAUCAGGUGUUGGAGCGGCUGGUGGUAAUGUGACAAGCUCAAAUCUUAUAGCUGGCGCGGUAUCUAGUAAUCUUGGCGGUCAGUGGGGAUCAGCUCAAGCUGUAGUUGGUGGUCCCAAAGAUAUGACGAAACAGAUAUCUGGUUGGGAAGAGCCAUCACCACCACCACAGCGACGAAAUCUACCCAAUUAUGAUGACGGCACAUCUCUAUGGGGACAACAACAAGCUCGCGUACCUGGAGGAGGUGGCAGCAGUGCACACUGGAAAGAUAUGAACGAAACCAUGGGACGAUCACAUUUAAUGCGAACGCAAAGUUCCAGUGGCACUGUUAAUGCUAACAAUGUGCCGGUAGGUGGCAAUCCUAAUAAUCCAAUGACAAACGUGGUAGGCCCGCAAACGCGUCUAGCUAGCGCUAUCGGUGGACCAAGUGGACAGCAUGGUAAGCCUGACGCGACUGCCAUGUGGGUGCAUCCAAGUGGUAAUGUUGCAAACAGAAAUAGUUCUGCCGCGAACUCGUGGGGUGAAGAUGGACACGUUGGUAAUUCCGGUAAUAAUUGGAUCGAUGAUAAAUCAAGUACAGCUAUUUCACAAAUUGCUGCUAACUCCUCAAGCUGGAAUGAUUCACCUGGUGGUUGGGGUAAACAACAAACGAAAUUGUCAACAAAUGCAACUACUGGAUGGAACAAUGCAAAUGCAACUGCUGGGAAUGUUGAUGGUGCUGAUCUAACAUCCGAUUGGCCUCAUGGCACUGGUCUUGUUAAUAAAACACAGCAACAGCAGCAGCAACAACAACUUGGUGGUAUUAAUGUCAAUGUGCUUAGUACAGAAAUGGUUAAGCAAAGCAAGCAAUUUCGCAUUUUGGUGGAAAAUGGGUUUAAAAAAGAUGACGUAGAACGCGCCUUACUGAGUUCCAACAUGAACAUUGAGGAAGCAGCUGAAAUGCUACGUGCCAAUGCGAAUUCAUCAUCCUUAGCUAUGGAGACGGGUUGGCGACGACACGAUGAAACGCUUGCUUCGUAUGCUGACCACUCGAAUGCAACAAGCAGUGGAGGAUUUCCACCACAACGCUAUCCUGUUGGUGGCGGAGCUCAACCUUCGAUGUCAUUUCCUCCGAAUAACUUAUUGGCUAAUAUGAGCGGCACUGGCGUUGCAGGAACCAAUAAUCCGAAUAUGGCUGCCUUACAAGUGCAAAAAUAUUUGAAUCAAGGUGUUGGGCCACAUAAUGUCUCCGUCGGUGGAGGACCUCAGUCAGUUAAUGUGAAUGCACCAAAUGCAUCAGUCGCAUUUUGCCAACAAAACGCAUCAAAUGCGAUGUCAGCACCAGCAACAGUAAAUAUCACUUCGAAUGCGAACAAUCAACCAUCCGGUCAGCAUAUUCGUAUGUUGGGACAGCAAAUACAAUUGGCAAUACAUAGCGGAUUUAUAUCGAGUCAAAUAUUAACACAGCCCUUAACGCAAACAACUUUAAAUCUAUUAAAUCAGUUACUUAGUAAUAUAAAGCAUCUUCAAGCAGCGCAGCAAUCUCUUUCUCGUGGAAGCAAUGCUAAUCCAAUGGCUGUUAAUGUGGCCAUAGCUAAAUAUAAACAACAAAUUCAAACAUUACAAAACCAAAUCAACGCACAACAGGCUGUCUACUUAAAGCAACAAAAUUCACAACAACAACAGCCACAGCACUCAUCUGGACAUUUAAAUAACGUGUCAAAUGAUUAUUUAAGAAAUCACGAUGCAAUCGCAACUCUUCAGGGUAAUUUUUCUGAGCUGAAUCUUAACAAGCAAAGUGGAUAUCAAGGUGCACCCAAUCAGCAAUCUCGAUUAAACCAAUGGAAGCUUCCAGUAUUAGAAAAGGAUAGCAUUGCUCCAGAUAACACCGAUUUCUCAAGAGCUCCCGGUACAACAAAGCAAACUCUUUCAAGCAAUUCCAACAACAUGGGAGCGUUGGGUUUACAAAAUGAUGGCACUUGGUCAACUGGACGUUGCAUUGGUGAUGGUUGGCCAGAUACAUCAAAUGAUAAUGAGAACAAAGACUGGACAGUCGCUUCAACAGCGGCAGCUGCUUAUACCGAUCUAGUGCAGGAGUUUGAACCAGGAAAGCCAUGGAAGGGUUCUCAGAUCAAAAGCAUUGAAGAUGAUCCCAGCAUAACUCCUGGCAGCGUAGCUCGAUCUCCAUUGUCUAUUAAUCCGACGCCAAAAGAUGCUGAUAUUUUUGCCAACACUGCUGGCAAAAGCUCACCGACUGAACUUCCACCUCUUAGUUUGUCGUCGUCGACUUGGAGUUUUAAUCCAAACCAAAAUUUUCCUAGUUGGUCAGACAACGCUCAACAGUGUGCCACCUCAGAGCUCUGGACUAGUUCUUUAAGCAAAAGCGCGUCUCGAGGACCUCCGCCUGGGUUGAGCACAAAUAAAUCUGGUGGAGUAGGUGUCACUACAGCAACUACAGUUUCAUCAUCCGCAAUUGCUGGCAGCUCCAAUGGCUGGCUACCUAAUCGUGGUAUUCCCAACACUAACACAACUUGGACUGCAGCCAAUACUUCUUGGAAUUCUAGCUGGCUACUUUUAAAAAUCUUAAUGCGCAGGUAAUGUAAAAAAUACUGACAAAUUGAUGGCUCUACCCUACGUACCUUGUGCAUGCAACAUGGCCCUCUUAUCAGUUUUCAUCAAUAUUUGAACCAAGGAGUUGCCUUAUGUAAAUAUACGACACGGGAAGAGGCCAAUAAAGCGCAAAUGGCAUUGAAUAACUGUGUGCUCGGCAACACGACAAUAUAUGCGGAGUCACCAGGCGAUAAUGAAGUUCAGAAUAUAUUACAGCAUUUGCCGCCACAGGCUCCGUCCUCGACAAAUUCGACAAUUACAUCAAACGGUAGCGGAAUUUCUGCCAGUAACAGCAGCGUUGGUUCCGGUACAAACUCAAACUCCGCCACAAGUAGUACCAGCAGCAGCAGCAAUGCAUCCAACACCGCAAGCAAUACCAAUUCUGCUAACGGCACUGUGGUUUCUAUUGCAAGUCCACCUGCAGUCGUCGGAGCGGUUGCAUCGUCAGCAGCAUCUAUUAGCAACAGUAACAGCAGUAACAUUAAUAAUGUAAAUUCUACUUCUGUUAAUGGGACAGUUAACAACGGCAGCAAUUCUGCGACCAAAAAUUCUUCUAGUGGAGGCAACAAUCCAACAAUGACAUCAGGACACGCAAAUGUUUCUACUGUUUCUGCAGCUGGCAACAAUUCAACUUGGCGACAGGCACCUCCGACUCAAAAUCAAGCUCUACAACAGGGUGUAAAUAGACCCCCGGUGGAAGCUGACUACGAUUAUAUAUCUCAAUUUGUUUGUUCCAUUGUUGAUGAUUAAUUAUGUGCAGAAAAUCGAGACUCAAAACCAUAGAUUUUAACGAAAAAAAAAAAAGAAAAAUCACACACACUCACCUAACAAAUCUUGAUUUAAAAAAGAUUGAUUCAGUAUGGAAGUCUAUAAAGUAGAUCGACUGAUAAAAGAAAAACAUAGAAUUUUGUAUGCCUCUAGAUUUAUUAUUUUUCGUUUAAUGUUAAUAGACUUUAGGGCCUGUAUAUGUAAGAAAAAUAUACAAAUACACCGAAAAUAAUUUCAGCUUAAUAUACAUACCUUAAUAACAAUUUGUAGACAUCCAAUUUACCAUAUAUUGCAUACAAAAUGAAGAGGUUCGCUCAAUAUUAAUAUUUGCCCAUUAUUAUUAAACUUUAAUAAAAUAGUCAAAAUGGAAAAUAUCGGAAGUGGAGUAUAAGAAACGUCAGUCUCAGUUAUGCACACAUUAUUAACUAUGUACAAGCAAGCAGUGGUUAACUGUGUGAGUGCCUCCAAAGACUCCAAGUAUACAUUAAUUCUACUGACUGUUCUUUUUAAAUAGAAGGACAAAAAUAGCAAAUUAAUUUAAAAAUGUAUAAGAAAUCGCAAAAAGUUAAUUACAAAUUUUUUAAGUUUUUUUUACCAUUUUACUGUCAAUAUUCUUAGACAUACUAUAACUAACAUUUUUGAAAAUUUUUGGAUUUUAGUCCACUUUUCGAAUGUUCACAAUUUUGUUGAAAUGGGAUCUUUCAGGUAGGGCAACAAAAUUUGUCGACUGCACGGACUUCGUCAUUUUUAUCGUCUUUUUUUUUAGACUUGGAGUUCAUGGUAAUUAACCAAUAUAUGCUUAUAUAUAUAAAUGCUUCCGUUGUCGCGAGAUUCACGGAUGUGAUUAUCUUUGGUAUUUAAAAAAACUAUUGAAAAAACUUCAAAACACCAAAAACGUGUAUACAUCGUUUUUUUUGUUGUUAAAAAUUGUACAAUUUGUUUCUUCAAAUAGGUUCCCAUUAAAAUAUAACACAUUUUAUUUAAAAAGAAUAAAUAUCGGAGGUAUUGACACGUAUUUUAAAAGUUACCCCACAAUGUCAAACAUGAAACUACCUCUGCUCGCUACUGUACGUAGAGACUAUGACGAAAUGAAUGAAUGUCUAACACAAUGAGUUUAUAAAAAAUUUAAUUAAUUUUUUUUUUUUUCAUUUAAAAAAGGGAUGAGAAACGGCAAAAAAAUAAUACCUGUGUUAUAUAAAUAAUAAUAGGAAGUUAUAAUCUAUUAUGGUUUUGCUUUCCCUAAAGCAUUCCCACCGAAAAAUUCGGUUAAACAUACACAAAGUUAGCUCACAAUAAAAAUACCAAUGAAGUUAAUUAGAAAAUCAAUUGCCUUUAAAUAAAUAUACGUACACAACAUAUAUUUUUACUCUUGGAGCAUAAGUAUCGGGAAAUAAUUCAAGUUAGGUUAAAAUUGUCAAAUUAUCGUUCGUAUUCAUUUUUAAAACACAAAUGCAAAAAUGUGGACAACAAAAUACUCAUCAUUCAAUAAAAA